AUGUCGCAGCACGAAAAGGCAGAUACAACUAUCUCAGAGGAUGUCAAGAUCCCUGCCAACACAACGGCCAUGGGCGAUGAAGAAACGGGCUUGAAGCACAUCGAUACCCUCCAUGACGAUGAGGCUGUCAAGGUCCUUGCCGCGUACCAUGGUGACCAGAGCUGGACAACGAUGGAAGAGCAAAAGCUUCGGAGAAAGAUAGACUGGAAGCUGCUCCCCGUCCUUUGCGGGACCUAUUCUCUUUUGUACUAUGAUAAAGCAAUGUUGGGGCAAGCGGCACUCUUUGGACUCAGGAAGGAUCUUGAACUCACCACUGGCAAUCGUUAUUCUUUUUCCUCGGCGAUAUUUUAUCUUGGAUUCAUAGCAGGUGCCUAUCCCGCUGUGGUUCUUGCACAGCGCUACCCUAUCGAACGCGUGGCAUCGGCUAUUACCACCGUCUGGGGGAUAACCCUCAUCGUCACACCCGCCUGCACUACCUAUCAAGGCCUGUAUGCUCAAAGGUUCUUUCUCGGUUUUACAGAAGCAGGUAUCUCACCAAUGUUCAUGCUCAUUGUUGGUGGUUUCUAUCGCAAGAAUGAACAGGCACUGCGCAUGGGUGUCUGGUACAGCUGCACAGGGUAUGUCUCUAUAUUUUCGCCACUUGUAAAUUAUGGACUUGGCCAUAUUCGUGGCUCACUGUCCCCAUGGCGAUACAUGUACAUUUUUGCUGGUGCAAUCACUAUCCUCUGGGGUAUCGCAAUCCUAUUUAUCCUCCCACCCGACCCGAUUCGAGCAAAGGGAUUCACCGAGCGCGAACGUUUUAUUGCCGUAUCCAGAAUGCGAGAGAACAAUUCCGGAGUAAGAAAUACCCAUUUCAAAGGGAACCAGGCUAUUGAGUUACUUUUCGACUACAAAUUCUGGUUUAUGUUCUCUAUUGCCUUUCUCUGUAUGGUUGCGAAUGGGCCUAUUUCGACGUUCAUUCCCAUUAUCAUUAAUGGCUUUGGAUUUAGCCUACUCAAUUCGCUCUUGCUCCUGAUGCCAGCUGGAUUCUAUGCUGGGACCUUGCAACUGGUCGCACCGUACUUGGCGUACAGGUACAAGAACAUCCGUACCUAUCUUGUUUUCGCUUGCCAGAUGGGCACGGUUUUAGCUUCACUCUUGCUCUGGCUUCUGCCUCUAGGACAAACCGGUGCACUAUUAUUUGCCUGCUACAUACUCCCAUCAGUUGGUGGUGGCUAUGCAGUGCUCAUGGGACUGUCUCUUGCCAACACUGCUGGAUAUACCAAGCGCUCACUAGCGUCGUCCGGUUUGUAUAUUGGAUAUUGCUUAGGCAACUUCGUGGGGCCCUUGGUUUUCAAGCCAAAGGAUGCACCAAGAUACGAACAUGGAUUCGUUGUAGUCGUUGCCACCGCAAUUGCUGCCGCAGUUUUGGCCAUUGUCUAUCGUUUCAUUUGUAUCUGGGAGAACAACCGCCGGGAUAAGACAGGAACACUUGAAGGAUUUGAGCAUGCCUAUGAAGACGACUUGACAGAUAAAACCGGUGGAACAGACGUUCGAUGGGACAACAAUGAUCAAUCUACUGGACCUCGCUCGACUGCUACAAACACGUCCAGCCACAACAUUCUGGAGCAGCUCUUUAAAAUCGAGCAUACUAAGGCUGGCACAAAAGGACCCUUAUUCAACUGGAUUGAAACAUAUUUGUCCUUCAUGACAGGCAUGGAAGUCCAUGGCGGUGAGACUCGUAGUCAAAGCAGGGAGCAGGGAGCAUAUCAGGUGACUCUGAAAAACAAAAUCAUCGCAGGUAUGCAGAUGUUUUAUGAUUGUCGUCGCCCAGGAUCCAAGUCUGACCUAAAUUUAUCAGUCACAGGAGCGAAUCAAGGCAUAGGUCUCGCGCUCGCAGAAGUCUUCCUCUUGAAUGGUGCGGAAUAUGUCUACUCCCUCGACGUCAGCCCUCCAGAUUCCCAGUUAGAGUCUCUCCAAGCACUCUUCCCCGGGCAGUUGAAAUAUAUUCGUGCAGAUAUUACAGACGAAAAGUGUGUAAGUCAGGCGAUUGAGACCAUUGUAGCAGAAACCUCUCGGCUCGAUGGUCUCGUGGCAAAUGCAGGGGUCACUGCACACAAGGCUGCUCUGGACUUCAGCAGAGAUGACAUUGACAACCUAUUUAAUAUCAAUCUAACUGUUGACUGGACCGUCCCUUCGGCCCCAUACGGAGCAACCAAAGCGGCACUUCGAAGCAUUGCAAAGACCGUCGCCAUGGAAUGGGCAGAGCAUGGAAUCAGGGUUAACACAGUGUCACCUGGAUUCAUCAAGACUGAGCUGUCUGCACAUGUCGCCAACGACCCUGACUGGACAAACAAAAUGAAGUAUUGGCGCGGCAUGCCACGGUUAGGGCUUCCUCAAGAACUUGGCGGCGCGUAUACCUAUCUCCUGUCCGAUGCGGCAAGCUACACCACUGGAAUUGAUAUUCCAAUCCACGGCAGCGUUGGUGCGUGGUGA